UACAAAGCUCUCAAAAUGGACAGUGUUCAACUACUGGAAGAGUCUCAAGAGGUCGGUAAUGUGGAACAACCACAAGUUUGCCAUACAUUCGCCACAACAAUCCAUCUCUGUUCCAGGACUGUGAGAGUUUUUUGGAUGUGCUGUAUGAAAUAGAGAGUGCUAUGUCCAAAAAAGUAAGCAUGGAGGUCACAGGGAAAAAAUCAGAGCUUGGGAAUGGCAAAGAAAUUUUGCCAAAGGACUGCCUUGCUGUUUUGGAGGCUGCAUUCAAAGAUUUCCAGGCCGUGAUGUGUAAAAUGCAGGAUCCAGGAGCCAUCACAGGGGACUGUUUGACUAAAAAUGAACGGCUGCUCGUCCUGUACUACCUGGAGGCUAUUAUCAUGCUGAAGCUACUUCAGCGACCUAGUGUAGUGACACAGAUGACUGUUGAGGAUUGGGAGGGGAGAAGCCGGAUAGAGAAUGGUGUCUGUGUUGCAGUGAAGGAGCACAAAGUACUGUUGUCACACGAACAGGAACUUUGGUUUGACUUGUACUUCAAUGAGGUGCGGCCAGUAAUGCUACAAGAAAACCGCACCGGCGACGAUGUGGCAGUUGAUUCAUUUUUUGUAUCAAGUAGUGGGAGAUCGAUUUAUAACCCCUCCAAUGACUUAAAAAGACUACAUGACAAAUACAGUCUCCCCAGUGUGACCUUUGGUGAUGCCCAGAGAGUGUUUGAGGCAGCAGCACAAAACCUGAAGUCAGAAGUGGAGAGAAAUGUGUUGGCACGGCUGUUUGGGCACAUGCCAGAAACAGCUGAAAGGAACAACAUGAGGAAAACAUCUUCAGAUGCAUUUCUGGCUCUAAGUGUGCUAGAUCAGCUUGCUGGAAAAACACGACAAAGGUCCAGUAGAGCUUCCAGCCAAGAGACAAGGGUGGACGAAGAGACAGCCUACAAAACUCUUGAGCAGUUUUGUCCAGUGACUCUGGAGGGGCCUCCUCCAAAAAGGGCACGCAGGAAUGAGCUGUGUGGCUCAGAACAUGAGAGGCACUGCUAUGACCGCUGGCGUAGCGAGCAGCUCAAACUGCGUGAACAGCAUGCUCUUGAACAUUUUGCUGGACAGCAGCCAUCAGAGUCCAAAAUAAACCGCUGGAUGGACAAACAAGGGUGGACGUCAAAUGUCCCACAGGCUUCAGUGGUUCUGAAGCAGUGGAAGCCUGUUGCCAGGUUGGACUCGGUCAUCGACAGCAGCUUUGUGCAUAAAAUGAUUUUGUCUCAACGCUGGAAAGGACUGACUGUCAGACCCGUCCCUGACAAGGGUGAUGGUGUUUUCACCAAAAGACCCUUUCAAAUUGGGGAGGUUGUCUGUGAAUACCACGGCCAGCUGGUUAGCCAUGAAGAUGGGAUGGCAAUUGUUUCGACCAGCGGCAUUAGACCUGGACAUUUGUUUUUUUAUAAGAACAAGCAACAUGAAGCCAUGUGCAUUGACGCACAUGAAGAAAGUUGCCAGUGCCAUCCCAUGAAGUUCAACUAUGGACGCCUGAUACGUCACUCCAGCAAAAGAGCCAAUAUCCGGCCCAGGCUGUAUGUCCUUAAUGAUAGAGACAUCAUUCUCUUCAUUGCUACAAAAGACAUUUUGAGUGAUGAGGAGUUACUCUAUAAUUAUGGCUCGAAGAGGAGAUCUUUUGCCGGGAAAGGGCUGGAAUUGGACUGGAUGUGAAAGAACAUCUUUCCAUCCCCCAUUCUCACUCACUUCUAACAUGUCCAACUCCAAGUUUCCACCUGUGGCCAUAUUCUCUCCUCUCUCUCUGGACUCUGGACAACCAUCCCUGCUCUUCUCACCCUGAAGGAUUCUUCCUGCAAUGUCAAGCACCAACACUUCUCUCUAAAUAGAGACUUGGUUGUAAUAGGCUGAAUGAGUGGGUCUUACAAACCAUUCAGCUUUACUUCCAGAGAACUGUAUUUUCUCUUACUGACUUGUCUUUUUUCACUCUUUUUUUCUCAUAAGCUUCCUUUAUGCAGUAGUGAGAGUGUGAGUAGGCUACUCCAUAUUCUCUCCUUUCUCUCUGGAUUCUUUGCAACACAUGUGGAA